AUGAAUUACAAAUUAAAAUUUUUACUAUUUUCAUGUUUUUUCGCAUCCUUAACUGCUGAACAGAACUACGAGUGCAAGGAACAUUUGCCUUUUCAUGACUAUGGAUCGUGUCUCAUCAACAAAUUCGAGCCGGGACGCAAUUCUUACAACUUUUUCAGCAACAAAAACCCCAAAUUCAUCAACAAAGUUCAUUUUAAUGCAUCACGUUAUCCCGAACUGCCAUCUUUAAUCUUCCAUACGUUUAAAAAUUUGACAUAUUUGAACGUGACUUCGAUGGGCAUCGAUCAUAUUGACCCAAAAAACAUGGGAGACGCUUCGUCGUUGUUGGAUUUGCACUUAAGCAAGAACCGGAUCAAGGAAUUGUUGGAUGAAUCAUUUGCGGAUGCGCCUAAUUUGGAGUCUCUGUACCUGUCGAAGAACGAAAUAAAAACAAUUAGUAAAAAUUCGUUCAAAGGAUUAGGAGAAUUGAGGAUUUUAGCGUUGGAUAGUAAUAAAAUUGAAGUUUUGGAUAAAGAUACGUUCCUGUAUAACGCAAAAUUGCAUCGAAUUGACUUGGGAAAUAAUUUGCUGAAAGAAGUUGAUACUUUACUCUUUUUCCCGUGUAAAGUCUUGAAGGAAUUAAUUAUCAACAAAAAUCGACUUGUGUCUCUGACACUCGUGUUCGAGUAUAAUUUCCUCAUGAAAUUGAUCGCGAAUCAAAAUAAAAUUGUAACUCUCACAUUGGAUGCCGAUAAAGUAUCUCGUUCGCAAAAUACCUCGACUGUCAUUCAAGCAAUCGAAAAUAACAUCGAAAAUUUCUUCGUUUCCGACAAAUAUAAGGUAACGGCAUUGCAUUUGUACAAGAACAAGUUGAAAGAUUUUAAGCCGAUUUGGAAAUUGGAGACGCUUAAAUCGCUCAGCUUGUCUUCGAACAGCAUCGGGUACGUGAAUCAAUCAUCUUUUGCGAAUAUGGGAAAACUUGAGGAGCUGUACUUGAGUCGAACGGAUCUUUUCUUCAGCGAUCCCGAUACUUUCAAGGCCUUGAAGCGAUUAAAAAAGCUCGAUAUUGGCUACAAUAAUUUGAGAUUUAUUGAUUUUAUGGAUUUUCGCCCGCUUGUGAGUUUAGAAGAUUUGGCAAUUCAUGCGAAUGCUCUCACGGAUCUCAAUGUUCAUUCGUUGAAGCAAAGUUUGCCGCAUCUCAAGCGGAUUUUCAUCAGCGGAAAUAACUUUUUAUGCGAUGUGCUUGCGAGGAUUGUUGAACAUUUAGAACGCGUCGGGAUUCAACCAACGGGAGACUUUAAAACUUUGUCGAAAGUCGAUGCCAGUAAGAUUCAUUGUAACCCGAAGCAGGAUAAUGACGCCGAAAUGGUCAACUCACGCGAACAAAUGCUCUAUUUCGAGGGAAAAAUCAGUACGAUGAUGAAAGAAAUGGAACGUCGCAUAAACGAGCAGUUUACAGAAAUUAGUGAGAAAUUUUGUCGUCUCGAGCAUUUGUUAUCGCAAACAACAACAACGUCGAAGGGCGAUACACGCAACUUGAAAUCGACGGCGGAAUCGUCGCUAUGUAGUGACUUUUGAAUAAUUUUACUUUUUUUUUAUCAAAAAUUUUGAUUCAAUGUCGCGACGAUAUACGAUACAAACUGACCGAAUAUGAACUUAAGCAAAAAAGAACGAGAAAGGCACAAGGCGAUUCAAACAAUGAUCAACAUUUACCACAAAACGCAUAAAAAGUUUAUAACUUUUGACAAUUACCGUCUUUAUGGAGGGAAUCAUAACCGCACGUACGAAGCGCCAACACUCGGGCUAAUAAUAAUCAUAAAAGAAAUUGAAAAUAUAA